GUUGAAUCUGCGUUUGUGAAUCUUCCCCGUGUCCACACGGGUAAACAGUGCGCUUAAACUCUUGCAAACCCGCCGGUAAAAAUAGUGAUAAAUAAGAGUGAUAUGAGACUUUAAACGAUAAACUCCCUGGAUUAAAAUGGCUCAUAUCACAAUCAACCAGUACCUCCAACAGGUUCUGGAAGCCAUUGAAACGAGGGAUGGUGUUUUCUGUGGAGAGCUGUUGUCAUUCAAGCAUCCACAUGUAGCAAAUCCUCGUCUGCAGCUUUCCAGUCCAGAGGACAAGUGUCAGCAAGUGUUGGAGCCCCCUUAUGAUGAGAUGGUUGCAGCACAUCUAAGAUGUACAUAUGCUGUGGCUAAUCACGACUUUGUGGAGGCAUACAAAUGCCAGACUCUGGUUGUCCAAUCAUUUUUGAAAGCUUUUCAAGCUCACAAAGAGGAGAAUUGGGCUUUGCCUGUGAUGUUCGCUGUAACCCUUGACCUGCGAAUAUUCGCCAACAAUGCAGAGCAGCAGCUGCAAAAGAAGGGCAAAGGGAAGGUGGGAGACAUGCUGGAGAAAGCGGCAGAGCAGCUGAUGAGCUGCUUCAGAGUGUGUGCCAGUGACAAUCGAGCUGGUAUUGAUGACUCCAAGAAGUGGGGGAUGUUGUUCCUAAUCAACCAGCUCUUCAAGAUCUACUUCAAGAUCAACAAGCUACACCUCUGUAAGCCUCUGAUCAGAGCUAUUGACAGCUCCAAUCUGAAGGAUGACUACAGCAUGGCCCAGAGAGUCACCUAUAAAUACUACGUGGGCCGCAAGGCCAUGUUCGACAGCAACUUCAAACUAGCGGAAGAGUACCUGUCCUUUUCCUUCCAGCACAGCCAUCGUGCCUGCCAGAGAAACAAGCGGCUCAUCCUCAUCUAUCUGCUGCCUGUCAAGAUGCUCCUGGGCCACAUGCCAACAAACCAGCUGCUCAGGAAGUACGACCUCAUGCAGUUUGCAGAUGUUACCAAGGCAGUAAGUGAGGGAAACCUCUUAUUGUUGAACGAAGCUCUUGCCAAACACGAGACAUUCUUCAUCCGCUGUGGGAUCUUCCUCAUCCUGGAGAAGCUGAAGAUCAUCACCUAUAGAAACCUUUUCAAGAAAGUAUAUCUUCUGCUGAAGACACACCAGCUCCCUCUAGAUGCAUUCCUGGUGGCGCUGAAGAUGAUGCAGUGUGAGGAUGUUGAUAUUGAUGAAGUUCAGUGCAUCCUGGCCAAUCUCAUAUACAUGGGUCAUAUCAAAGGCUACAUCUCACACCAGCACCAGAAACUGGUGGUCAGCAAGCAGAACCCUUUCCCUCCACUGUCGUCUGUGUCUUAACUGCAGAUAGGUAGAUCUGAAAGGACCAGAACCUUCAGGAUAAGAAUCUUCAACAAAUCUGCUGCAUUCAAGUAACCCUGAUCUACAAUUUACAAUCUACAAUCUAGAAAAGGUUCCAGGUGCAGCUACAGGUAGUAGCAACAAAGUGGAGAAAAGGCAGUUUGGGACACACGAGAAGACUGAAUAUUGUGCUUUUAAACAUCGCUAAAUUCUUGACGAUCAGAUAAUUGAGGAAGCAAAACAUCUGUUACUAACAGUUUUGCUAUUUCAAUGUCAGUGUUCAACAUUUAUUAUGAUUUAUUUUCCGCCGACUUGCUUUAAUAAAAGCUGGAUGAAUGAAAUUAACUGCCUUGAUAAAUGAGACAGUUUGAUUCACCACUUUUAAUAUCUGUGGCAAAAAUGUUUCUACAUGCAAAUGUUUCCAAAUUCCAAAUGAACUAAGCUCCUCUGUACAUUAAAAUUCAAUGGAGUACUUAAAUGCAGCAGAAAUCUCAGAAAUCAUGUUGAUUCACAGCAUUGCUCUGAUAUUUUUUGUAUUUUACUCAUUGUUUUGGGGAUUUUUUUUAUUGGUUGUGUAAAAUAAACAUCUUGUUUUGUACAGUU